ACAUUAUGAGACAUAUUUUUUUUUUUGCAAAGAUUCAUCAACUCAAUUUACAUUAUCAAACAGUAUUUGCAACCACGACGAUUGAAAGGUUUCAAGGAGGUCGUUAAGGGCCGUUAGAAGGUGUUCGUCUCCCCCUCGAGAGGGAAGCAGAAAGAUGGUUGAAUUGUUUUUCUGUUCAUAGAAAUGGAGGGAGGGGAGGAACACAGGAGCAUCGUAAUGAACCGCGGGAAAACAAGAAGAAAGCCUCCGAAAAUUAAAUGGCCCAAUGCCCUACUGCUGGUUAUUAUGGCGAUGGUCUUCAAUUGGUGCUCCUGCAUGACUGUGCUUUCUAAAUCCAAAUUGACGAAAUGUGAAAGGACAUCAGACGCUGACUUGUCAUGUCAACAGAAGCUCAUACUCAACAUAGCAGUCCCAUCUGGAUCGAGAGGUGAUGCAGAUUCUGUUGAUGUGCUACUUGAGAAGGCAGAAGAUACUUUGACUGGUAAAGUAAGAGUUUUUGAUGAGCCGCCCAAAAUAAGAGUGUCUAAAUCCCCAGCAUUUGCACUCUAUGCACUACAUUAUCUAAAGGAUGUCAACUCAGAACCGAAAGAAAUUAUUGUAGAGACGCGUAAAUGUGAAGAAGAUAGUGAUAAAACUGUGGGUACAUGUAAAAGGAGGUUUGUCAGAGGUUUUUCACAGCUUGGGGCACCCUUGACAGAUCUUACCAAAAAAGGGGCAUUCCGAUGGACUGAGGAAGCUCAACAGGUAUUUGAGAAACUUAAAAAGCCUAAAUGUUGCCCCUGUGGUUCUAAGUCAAGAUGGCCAUAUCAUAAAUGUGGUUCCAGAAUGGGUAUUAUUGAGAGAAUUAAAGGAAAGAGAAAUACUGCACAUUGCUUGCGAUUUGUUGGUAGUUGGUUUCAUGUUUUUGAAGUUGGAAGACGACAAAUUGGAUUUAAUGUAAAAAUUGAAGUAUCACAAGGCGAUGAAAAAUUGAUUAUAAUUAAUGUGAACCCACAAAAUAAGAGGGCAGUGUCAAAUGACAACUUUCUAAAGGCAAACUUAAUUGGUGACUUCAGUGGUUAUCGUAGUGUACCAUCGUUUGACAACAUGUAUCUCUCCAUUCCAGCUCAGAAUCUUGGUAAACCAAAAAAACUUGGAAAUGAUUUCAUGAAGUGGAUGUUGAUAGAAAGGACACGCUAUACACUGGAUGGAACUGAAUGUGACAAAAUUGGAGUAGAUUUUGUAGGGUUUUCCAAUCAGCCAUCAUUUUGCUCAGCUCCUCUUGGUACUUGUAUACAACAACAAUUGAUUAAUUAUCUACAGUUUGAUACAGCACGUGUUGAUAGAAAUCAAAUUCCUGAGUAUUUGGUGGGUAGAAGGUUUUCAAGGAUUAAUCAGCAUCCGGGAGCUGGGCCAAAUUCUUUUUCUAUUGGCAUUCUAGAACCACUAAAUUCAAGAAUUAUAUUGGAAAUAAAAGCAGAUGAUAUCAGAUUCACUGUGAACAAGAGUCCUGGAAAGAUUACAGCCAUUUUCAUUCCCCAUUUUGAAGCUCUUUCUCAAUUUGGAAAUGCAUCAAUAUUUACCAUCAAUACUGGAGAGUUGGAAGCAUCAUAUUCUCUACAUUUUAGCUGCCAAGAGGGUGUUAAUCCUAUGCUGGAUCAACAAUACUCUAUGAAGCCAACAGAAGUAGUUGCUUGUAUGUUUGAAGUAAUUAUAAAUAAGGCUAAUACAAGUACAUUCAACUGCACAGCCAUUCUAAAGAACUCUGGAUUUGAGGAAGUUGACAGACAAGACACAUGGUUCACAAUAGAUAAUGUUGCUUACAAUACUGGAAAUCAGAUUUAUGGUGUGCCAUCUGCGAAUACAGUAGAAGAAAAUGAAGGUUUCUUGGGACUUGGGAUAGAGAAAAGCUGGCAGUGGUUUAAAGAAAAGAUUACAGAUUUCUUCACUGGAAGGAAAUGCAUGAUGAAUUGUCGACAAAUUUUUGACUUCAAAUGUCAUUUUAAAUAUCUUUGCAUCAUAUGGAUCUUCAAGUUCAUCUUACUUAUCAUCCUUAUUCUUGUAGUUAUUUACCUAUUAUGGCUUCUAUACCAAAAUAAGUGUAUUGUUUACAUCUUUCAUCUAUGCAGAAGACAUAAAAAUCAAAAUGCGCAUAGUAUUACUAAUGGAGAUCCAUCCAAGAAAAAUCCUUUAAUCGCUAAAAAAUUAAAUUUGAGUAACAAACAGAACCAUGGACAUAGUAAACAUUACCAUAAAAAUAGAAAUGGUAGAUUUAAUAAAGCAUUGAAUAUUGAGAUCACUAGGGAUCCAAAAGAGGUGAAAAAACACCAAACGCAUAGUAAGCAUAAGCAUACAAAUAAUCUUGAGCAUAAGAAAAACAAAAAAGAGAGAAACACUAAAAAGGAUUCUAGGGAGUUGCAUGUAAGAAAGAGGAGGAAAAUAAUGAAUUGACAAUUUUAAAUUUGUUCCAACAAUAAAUAAGUGAAACCAUUUUAUGUAAAUAUGUAUGAAAAUAUCAAACAAUUUAUUAUUUUAAAUUUAUUUAAGUAAA